UCCAUGACCAUGCCAUAGUCUGCGGUAUAGAAGUUGUUGCGGUUCGGACUCAGAAGCCACCCUCAACCAAGAAAACCGCAGGAAUCCAACGGAACCUGGCCCGUCCCAAAAUCCCGUCGGAUCCCCCGCCCGAUAGCCUGAAUCCGUUACCACCGCCUUUCAAAGCCACGCCUCUCGUCUUUGUUCAAGCCGCCUUCUCCUCACGCCGGAAAUAGCGCCGAAGGCCGCACCGUAGAAAGCCGUUUUCUUCGUCCACGAAGUCGGCCAAGAGAGAGAACGAGAUCGAGUAGAUUUAAAAGCCUUGGAUUGGAUCGAGUAAACCGAGAAAAUGAUCCUGGAAUCGCCGGAGGAGGGAGGGAAAUCAAUGACCGGAAGUACCCUAACGAGGAGUUCGGGAGGCAUUGGAGCAGGAGGAGGAGACGGUGAGCUCCUUUUCCCGCCUACGAAUUUUGCGAUGGUGGACCGGGGGAUCUACAGGUCGGGAUUCCCCAAUCAGGAGAAUCUUGGAUUCUUGGAUUCCUUGAACCUGCGAUCCAUCGUGUACCUGUGCCCGGAGCCGUAUCCGGAGGUUAAUGCGGAGUUUGUAGAAUCGCGGGCGAUUCAGCUUUUCCAGUUCAGUAUAGAAGGGAGCAAGGAGCCUUUUGUAAGCAUUCCUAAGGAUACCAUCAUGGAAGCUCUCAGAGUCUUACUUGAUAUUAGGAAUCAUCCAGUUCUGAUUCACUGUAAACGAGGAAAGCACCGGACAGGUUGCCUCGUGGGCUGUUUCAGAAAAUUACAGAACUGGUGCUUGCCCUCUGUGUUUGAGGAAUAUAUGCGAUUUGCUGCUGCAAAAGCUCGGGUGUCAGAUCUCAGGUUCAUCGAGAUGUUUGAUGUCUCAUGCAUGAUGCAAUGCAUGCUUGGCAUCAUUUAUCGUUACCAUGGUUGUGGUUCCCAAUCCAGGUGCCUUAGUUACCAAGACACAUCAUAGUAUACAGCAAUCUGGGCUUGGCAAUCAUAUAUCAUUCCCAUGGAUGUGGUUCCCAAGCAGGUCACCAUGGUUACCUAGAUAAUUAUGGGACAGAGACAUCUAUCAAGGCUGAUGUCCAGAAUUCUUUUCAUAAAUCUUUGUUCAAUUGCUUCCCAGAUUUUGUUUUGGUAGUGAGUAGCAAGUAUUCAGAUUGCACUGCCAUGUCUGUUCUGUUUUUGAUGCUGCAUGCAGAUACAUCAGGAGUUUUUUUUUUUUUGUAAAUAUUACAUAAAUUGAUUCAUUUCGACUUGGUAAGAUAUUAUUUGUAUGCUCAAAUAAUAUUUUGUUCCCUUUCAAAGCAAAAAUGUGAAAAGCAAUUCUUUCA